AUGGAUUACAUCCCACCAAGGGUCAAGCUCAGCAAUGACACCUUUAUCUUCCUAGAUGGCAAGUGGGUGAACGAAAGCUAUGUUCAACCAGCAUUCUCUUCCCCCGCAGAAGCUCAUAAGAAAUACUCCACCAAGAAGGUGUAUAAUGACUGGACCCUCUGGGAAGAGAACAAAGCCCUCUGGGAAGAGAACAAGGCCCUCCGAAUAGAAAACAGAGUUCUCCGAGAAGAGAAUAAGGCGCUCCAGUGCCUACGGAUGGAGAACAAGGGCAUUCAGGUUAUCUAUGAUGAAAGUCUCCAGCAAGUCCUUCAGCAAGAAAAGAAGCCUUUAGCAACUCUUCCAGUCAUAGGAGGACUUCGGGAUGGUAUAGAAAACAAAGCCCUACAGAUUUUCCGGGAAAAUAAUAUGGCUUCGAAUGUUUUGCCUGAGGAGAAGAAAGCCAGCUCAGUCUUCCAGAAUGAAAAGCAAUCUUCUGCUCAGCUAUUAGGAAAGGAGGAUAACCCAAUCCAAGAAAUCAGCAAGAUUGUAGUCCAGGAAAGUAACAAUAAGCCUGCACUAACGGAUGCAGUAAAAACUGUCCAGGAAAUCCAAGAGGAGAGCAGUGCAGUGCCAGUGCAGGAAAGAAACAAAACUUCUUUGUCACCAUUACAAGAGAAUGAGGCACUUGAAGCUCUCCAGAAAGUGAACCAAACUGUAUUGUUCCUCCUAAGAGAGAACCGUGCAGUUCUGGAAGAAAAACAGGACCUCCAGACUAUUCAAGGAGGGAACAAAAUACUUCAAGAGGAGAAUAAUCAGCUGAAGCUCCAACAACACACCAUCAAAGGUGCUAUCAGUAAAAUUAUUGCUCAGAUGGGUUUACUGCAAGAGGAGCUGAACUCCUUUGCUUCCAUCUAG